UUUUCGUAACUUGGUUCCCUUUCCUAAGAUAUUUGUAUCUACAACGCAGCGUUUUGAUUCUCCACUAAUUGGGCUGGGCUUUUCGUUUUUUUGGGCCUUGGGUUUUGAGAGACCUUUUAUUGAAGCCCCUUUGAUGAUAUUCGUAGCCCAAUUACGAUCUCAACUUCUUCCAGAAUAACCUCCGUCGAAUUGCGACGAUGAACGGAGUUUCUUUGUUUGAUUAAUUCACCGUUGUGGCAGAAAAGUCCUCUGGAAAUGGAAAUGGAAGCGGAAGGAAUCGUAGAGCAUGGAAGCUCCAUUGCCGCUCCAUUUAUUUUCUUUAUCGUUAUCGGUUUUCAGUUUCUCGCUAGAUGGCUGGAGCACCUGAAGAAGGGAGGUUCCAACAGCCAGGUGGAAUUGGAGUUGCGCAAAUCAAUAAAGCAACUUCUGAGGGAGGCUAGCACCUUAUCUCAACCGUCUACAUUUGCACAGGCUGCAAAGCUUCGGAGGUUGGCAGCCGCUAAGGAGAAGGAGCUGGCAAAUUAUCAAGAAUCACGUAAUAAGGAGAUCAAGACGUCAUAUGGUUUAUAUAGUCAAGUACUGUUGAUAUCGAAGGUUAUUAUAUAUAUUGUGCUGGUUUGCUGGUUUUGGAGAGCUUCUGUUGCUACUGUACCUCAUCACCUUGUGCAGCCAUUUGGGAAAUUUUUAUCUUGGAAGGCUGGAGGUACCGUAAAUGAUUAUGUGAAGGUUGGAAUUAUACCGUGGUUGAUACUGUCGACAAGGGUUAGCAAGUUUGUAUGUCAAGUGGUGAAGUAAAAAAAGGGGAUUGAAGGAAAUUGUGAUGAAGAAUGAGUGAUACAUCGCCACAUGCUAUGUACAAUAUUUGGCAACCAAUAUUUUCCUAAAAUUAUAGUGAGGGGAGGCUGGAGAAGUUUUUACAGCCCCACCACUCUUUCUUCUUGUAAGGUUCAGCAUUGUUGUUGUUUUCCUUUUCUUUUCCCCCCAUAUAUUUUCCCUUUCAUUCCUUUUUUUUUUCGGGGAAACUCUUUGUCUUAGGUAUCAUUUAUUGUUGUUAUUUUUUGCUUAGAAUUAAGAUAUUCUCUCUCUCUAUAUAUAUAGAUUGGUUGCCUGUA